AUGCUUUUUAAAGGGGAGGGAGUUAAAGGAGGGUGGAAAAAUCCUCUCGUUAGGUAUGGGGCCCAAAUUUUGUCUGGUUCGCUACCUCCACAUAUUGUUCGCUCAGUCCAAAGCCAGCUAGGAGUAUCCGAAGUUCCACGCGUUUUUGUUGAACAUUUUGAUCAAUGCAGUGUUGUUUUUGCUCAUCUUUAUGGACUACCUAAUUUAUUACUUCAAUUACAACCCCCAGAUUCUGCCAAACUUUUAAAUGAAUUUGAUUGGAGAGUCUCAAAAUUGGCAGAAGAGAGUGGACUUUUACUUGUUCCAGCUACAAGUUCAGAAAUUGUAGUAGCGCUGGUUGGGCUUCCUUUGGCCAUAACCGACUCAGAAAAUGCCAUAAACGGUCAACAACAAAAAUCCUCCAUUUCCUCUUAUCAAAAUGCGGCAGCUAUUGCCUGUCAAUUUUCUGUUGAUCUCUUAAAUUUGUGCCAAUCAUUUUGUGAGGCAACAAACAACAACAGCAACAACAAUGAAGGUCAAUUACAAAUUCGAGUUGGCAUUGGAAGUGGGAGUUUGUCUGCCGGAAUUGUUGGUUCUAGACGUUGGCAUUACGAUGUUAUGGGAAUGGCUAUAGAUGCUGCACUUCAUUUAGAAGCAAAUUGUCCGGCUGGUGCAAUUUUGCUUUCUGAAGAUACUUGGAGACAUUUGGCUGGGGGGAAAUUUGCUGCUGAACGAGUUAGUGUGUAA